CCCAUCACCAUCAUGGUGGGCUUCGUCAACGUCCCGGGGUACCCCCACCUCGUUGUGACCGCGGACAUGGAGCUGGGGUGGUGCUACAACACGCUCAGCAAUGAGUGUGAGCCGAUCCCCCUUGCUCCUCCUCCCCCGGUUGGUCUUCAACACCAGCCGAGUUUCCUCGCGGGCGUGGCUCAACCCACCCCGUAUUCUUCUAUGGCGCCGUCUGGGCAAGCGGCGUCCUACCAACAGCCCUGGGGUAUUCAACAACCCCAACAGUUCACCGCGGGUCCAGUUCAACCUGGUCCGUAUCCCUCCUCGCAGCCUGUCGGUCUUCAACACCGGCAGGUCUUCUCCACAGGCGUGGCUCAACCCACCCUGUAUUCUCCUAUGGCGUCGCUUGGGCGGGCGACGUCCUACCAGCAGCCCAGGGGUUUUCAACAACCCCAACAGUUCGUCACGAGCCCAGCUCAACCUGGCUCGUAUCUCCCCUCGCAGUCUGUUGGGUUUCAACACCAGCAGGUCUCCUCCACAGGACCAGUUCAACAUGGCCUGUAUCCUCCCUUCGUGGCGUCGUCUGGGCAAGCGACGUCUCACCAACAGCCCUGGGGUCUCCAACAACCCCAACAGUUCGCCACGGGUCCAGCUCAACCUGGCUCGUAUCUCCCCUCGCAGCCUGCUGGCUAUCAACACCAGCAGGUCUUCUCCGCAGGACCAGCUCAACCUGGCCUGUAUUCUUCCCCUGUGGCGCCGUAUGGGCAAACGGCGUCCCACCAACAGCCCAGAGGUCUUCAACAACCUCACCAGUCGUCCUUUGCGGUCGCGGCUCAACCCGCCCCGCAGGCCUUCAACGGCCCGGUGAUGCAAAACGUGCGUCAGACAUCCAACAUGUCUGACAACGAGCACGUGCGAGCCAUGGGCGCAUGGACGCAGCAGAUGCCGAUCCGGGAGAAUACCAACGGCACUGGCCCGUCGGCAGCUCCCGCACAGGGCCCCUCGUCGGCGCCAAAGGUCGUCAUAGACUUCACUGGCGACGAUGACGACGAGCGUGAGGUCGAGGAAUUCGUCGAGGAGCCGUCCACGAUGUGGGUAACGUCGUGUCCGCAGCUCAGGCAGCGGCUGGUGUAUAUAUCCUCACGGGCGCAGUCGGGCCCCACCACUUACAUGGGGCUUCUGCAGUGUUCGAUGUACCAGGACAGGCACAGGGAGGGCCUGAAGAAGUACUGCAACCGGUUCUGGCCGUCGGACGAAGAGGCGUUGGCUGAUGUGCGCGAGAUGGCUCGCUAUUUCAUCGACGCGCAGAAGAUGUUCUGGAUCCAUGGGGUCUGGGACGAUGCGGCGACGGCAGAGGAGAUGGCGGACGUGGUGCUGCAGAAGAGGGCAUUGGCUGCGGGGUUGAGUAAAGAAAAGGAUGAGGAGAUUGAGCGGAGGAGGGUUCGGGCGGAGAUGGUUGCGAUCGCCCGUCUAUCCAAGACCAAGCGAGCGAAGAAAGAGGCUGCGCAGCGGGCGAAAGAGGCGGCUGCGGCCGAGAAGAAAGCGCAGAAGGAGGCGAAAGCCGAGGAGAAGAGGGUGCAAGCGGCCGAGAAGAGAGCGCAAGCGGAGGCGAAGCUUCAGGAGAAGAAGAGGAAGAGGGCAGACGCCCUUGCUGCGCCGAAGACAAAGCGGGUGAAGUCAACUCCUGCUCCACCGCCCGCCCCUAUCUCCGUUCCCGCCGCCGCCGCCGAACCUGUGGAGGAGGAGGAUCUUCUCGCAGCGUUUGACGCUUUCCCGCCUUCGCCCGUUCCCGCCGCCGCCGCCGCAAACCCCAUUGCGGAGGAGGAUCUCCUCGCAGCCUUCGAGGCUUUCCCGGCCUCGCCCUCACCCGCACCAGAGGAAGAGUCCACUCUUCUUGCGGCGUUUGCCGAAGACGAGAGCGAGAACGGCGACGAUUUCGCCUCGGAACUCGUCAUUGAAGACCCUGAAGAGGGCAACACUUCUUCCGGGGAUAUCCCCACUGCUCUUGCCCUGCAAGAGCAGGUCCCCUCCCCGCCCAUCUCCCCCCUUCUCCCCCUUGCCCAGAGGGCAACCUCUGACGACGACGAGGAGGGAUUCGGCACCCCCCCCGUCCCCUCCUCACCCCUCGUAGUCGCCCGAGGGCCUCAAGAGGAGGUCGCUCUGCGCACGCCUCCCGCCUCGCAGACGCCCAGCCCCCUUGUCGCCGAGGACGACGACCUCGGCUCCCUCUUUGGGGAUGACGAGGCCGGCUCCCUGUUUGGGGACGACAAUGUCGGUUCCCUCUUCGAAGAUGACGAGGUCAACUCCCUCUUUGAGGACGACAACCUCGGUUCCCUCUUCGGGGACGAGGAGGAGGCGGUACCGUCUCCGCCCGCCCCAGCCCCGGUCGUCGAAGACGACAACGACGACGCUGCCGACUCUCUGUUCGGCGACCCGGACCCGUCGCUUGAAGAAGACGAGCCCGAGGAAGAGGAAGAGGAGGAGGAGAGCGAGGAGGUGCAGUGUUGGCGCCGACGGUGCGAGGUGGCGCGCAGCGAGGUCGCAGUGAAGGAGGCGGCGAGGGUGGAGCUGUGUGGGAGGAGGGAUUUUCUUGCGCACGCCUUGCUCAAGAAGAGGUUCGACAAGAGCAUCGAGAAGGCGGAGGCGGAGAAGGCGGAGAAGGAGAGGGAGUUGCAGGUGUUGCUGGAUAGCGCGCCGAGGGGCUCCCGGGGGGUGGGUGGGAGCGAGUAG